AUCACCCGACGCCGUGGACGUCAGGUCCCGGGCGCUACGCAGUGCGGGUGCACGGACGCCAUGUCGGAGGGGACGAGCCAGAGACGGAAUUGACGCUGUAUUCCCCGACUGUGUGUACGCGAGAGAUAACUUCUCGUCGCGGCAGCAGGCGGACCACAAAGGCGAAGAAUGGGAAGGAGGACACGCGGUGCUCCACACGCUGAAAGUCUGGUCGUCUCCACCGAACACCGACUUUUGCUCUUCAGUCGCUUUUUUCCCGGAGGAGCUAACGUUAGCUUGCUAGCGAGCAACAACAUUAGCUUGUUAGCAAAAACCGCUGCCUUUUAAUUGCGGACCUGCCAGCUAGCAUCCGUCGAAAAAAUGGUGUACCUGUUAAAUCCUGUAGAGAACCUGAGGAGCUACAUCAACAACCGUCCCCCGCUGGUCAUUUUUAUGAUCAGCGUCAGUGCGGUGGCCAUCGCCUUCCUGACCAUCGGCUAUUUCUUCAAGAUUAAGGAGAUCAAGUCUCCAGAAUUGACAGAGGACUGGAACACCUUCCUGCUGCGCUUCAAUGAGCUGGACCUCUGCGUGUCCGAGAACGAAACCAUAAAGCAUGGCCUGAACGAGUCCACCACGCCGGAGAGCAUGGUGGUGACAAGCGGCCAGGCCCGGUCCAGCACCCAGGUUCCCCUCCUGCUGGACGACUCGGGCGCCGUCAACAUCUCGAUCCCCAUCACCCUCACGUUGGACCCCCAGCGCCCGUUCGGAGGGUACUCCCGCAAUAUCACCCACCUGUACGCCACGGUGCUGGGGCAGCAGGUCGGCCUCUCUGGCCGCGAAGCCCACGAGGAGAUGAACAUCACUUUCACCCUGCCGGCAUCCUGGAACUCGGACGAGUGUGUGCUGCACGGCCACUGCGAGCAGGUGGUGUUCAGCACCUGCAUGACCAUCGCGGCGGCCAGCAACGUCUUCCCGGUCACAGUGCAGCCGCCGCACUGCGUGCCAGAGACGUACACCAACGCCACGUCUUGGUACAAGGUGUUCACCACCGUCCGCGACUCGGACACCAAGUACAGCCAGGACUACAACCCGUUCUGGUGCUACAAGGGGGCCGUCGGCAAGUUGUACCACGCACUCAACCCAAAGCUCACCGUCAUCGUCCCUGACGAUGACCGCUCCCUCAUCAACCUGCACCUGAUGCACACGAGCUACUUCCUGUUUGUCAUGGUCAUCACCAUGUUCUGCUACGCGGUCAUCAAGGGGCGGCCCGGCAAAGCGCGGCAGCCGAACCCCGACUCGGGUCCCGAGAAGCUGCAGCCGACACCAGCGGUGCUUUAUGACGACAACAGGUGGCGCUGUCAGAGGGUUAAAAAGGCCUCGGAGGACUCGCUCAGAACGUACCUGUGAGGUGGACGAUAUGAAUAAACAUACCAGGUGCCUAGUGAACCCUGGAAGGUACUACAAGGGACACAAAAGCUCUCUGAAUGCGUAACUCUGCAAUGUUGGGUUUUUCCAACCAAAGAUAUACAAGUGCCUGUAUCUGUCGUGUACAUAUUUGUAGAAACUCUUGAUUUUCUGUGCAAAACUUCAUUUCUUGUUCUUUCUGCCUGAGUCCCCUGUGUGCCAUGUCCAGAACACGCAGUACGUUUAAAAAAAGAAAAAAAAAAAGAAACGAGCAGCAGAAGGCCGGCGCCGAGAACCACGCAGCCAUCGUUUGUUUUUUCCUCUUCUAGCAAUCACUCGCUCGCCCGGAGAGAAAGAAGAAGAAGGCGGCGCAGCGUCCGCGUUGAUCACAGAUCUGAGAGCUGCAGAUGUUUGUGGACGAUGAGAAACUCUCCGUUAAGUGCAAACGCCUCACUAGUGACUCGCCGUUCAGCUUCAGCACUUUCCUCUGCAUCCGAGGUCGGACCAGGAUGGAGUUAUUUAAUUCAAAAAAAAAAAAAAAAAGAGCAAUUCUGUGUGUGUGUGUGUGUGUGUGUGUGUGUGUGUGUGUGUGUGUGUGUGUGUGUGUGUGUGUGUGUGUGUGUGUGUGUGUGUGUGUGUGUGUGUGUGUGUGUGUGUGUGUGUGUGUGUGUGUGUGUGUGUGUGUGUGUGUGUGUGUGUGUGUGUGUGUGUGUGUGUGUGUGUGUGUGUGUGUCUGCAGCGUCAAUAAACAAAGCCAAGUAUUUAGGUGAUUCAUUUAUAAGCAGCCAGGAGUAAAAUAAUGAGUCCAAUUGUCUUUGUUUCCCGAUGAGCUUCUCAGUAAAUAAGCUUUUUUUUUAUUUUUUACAACAGUUAUAAAAAAAUUACUUUCUGCCUUCUUUCCCCUCUGCGUCUGCCUCUGGUGUUUGACCCUCCUCCUCCACCCUCUCUGUCUCCUCCACGACGACGGGCCUGUGGUUUGGAAUCAACCUGGUGAUCUGAGUCUGCUCGGUGUAAAAUAAUGUGCUUUUAUUUGAAGUGAAUCUUGAGUGUUUUGCGGUCUUUUGGGAUUAUUUUUGCACCUUUUUGCUCCUGUGAUAUUUCUCACAUGACAUUUUUUUCUUUUCUUUUUUUACAUCCAAGGUCACAUGUCAACAUAUUGAGCUGUAUAAACUUGGUUGCAAUUGGACAAAAAAAUAUAUAAUUAUGUAUUAGUAUAUAAUCAUAUUUGUACAACCAUGCUAGUAUAUUUAUGAUUUAAAUCAUUUAAUUUUCUAUUCUGUAGUCCAACAAAGACUGUGUUUUGAAGGAGAAAUGUUUUGAUGAAUGAAAGGCGGCUUUAGACUGAAAGCAAAGAUUUAACCGGGAACAGUAACGGAAAACAAGCGCACCUUUUUCCCCAAGCGCCACUGUCACGUGACGUGAGUCAAAAAAACAAUGAACACAAAUGUGAAAUCUAUCUUUACCAAAUGAGGCAAUUUGGAGUCAAAUCUAAAGGAAAAGUAGAGAAUGAAUUAAGUCCAACUCCGCCUUUAAUAUUUAUGUACAACUCUUAAAAACAGAAAUGACAUAUUGUUUCUUACCUGUUAUUGUUUUAUUCCAUAAUGGACGUACCUGUUGAAUGUACUUUUUCUCUUUUUUUUUCUUUUUUUUACAAGCAGCGUAAUCUGAAUCUGAGAUUCCAGUGAUUUCCUAGUUUUUCCAGUUUUAAAGACUUUACUUGAAUGGUGUUUCUGUUCCUGUGGUCUCGUCACAUUAUUGAACCAUGUCAUGGGAGGUGGGUGAGCUUUGUCACACUGUAUGAGCUGUGAAGUGAAUGAAGUACCCCCCCCCCCUCACCACCCCCCAUUUAGGUUAGAAGUGCAUCGCUCUAAUUGCAAAAAGGCCUUAACGUUGUACAGUUUAAGUUUAAGUUAGUCACAGAUCUCGUAUUGUAACACACCAGCUUGACAGAAUAAAUCCAUUUUAGCACCUGUGAGGUCA